AUGGAUGAAGAAGAACAAAAACCUCCAUCUGAGGUCAUCACUAUUGAUUCAGACUCUGACACCGGAGGAACGAUCACAAUUCGGUCAGAUAAUAAAAAUAUGAUUCGUCAACGACCACCGUCUCCAAUUCCGACCCUCGAGGAAUCCUUCCAGUUGAUGGCUCGACGGUUUGAAUAUCUUCAAGAAAAAAUUAGAGAGGAAAAUUGCCCUGAAAAUACAUUUUGCAUCACCUGCUUCGCGGUCAAAAGAGCUUACAAUCACGGAUGUCUUCAGACUCCAUGGAAGGAGGCUUUCGAAAACGCCUUCUCGGGAGUUUCGAUUUUGAACUCGGCGUUCGUCGAACAUUGCUGGAAUGUGACAGCUCAAACUGCUGGACCUGAAGAAAUGCAUCGAAAAGAAUUUACUAAAUUGAAGCGUAGAGCUUGUCGAGAAGAACAAGCUAAGGAAGCUCGACUAAAGAACAUUGUCUUCAAUAUCGCUAAUGCUCAAAAUACAGACCAUGCGUUCGACAACAUUAAAGUGCCGAUUGCGAGAAAGGACAACGAGCAAAUGAUUCAUCGUUAUGCAAUAACAUUGAAGCGUUUGCAAUGGUUGAAGCAUAGCGACAUUCCGAUGGCCAUGCCAAUAUCCAGUGGUUCGAAAAGUGUUUGUAUGUUCUGCAUUAUUUGCUACAAACUUCACCAUAUCGACUCCGAAGAGUGUAAAGCAAAAGAAAAUCAGAGAGAGGCUGUCGAACAGCUUCACGCCAAAUCGGCUGGAUAUUCAAUGCUCAACAAGAAGGUGGUAGAGACUAUGCUGAAAUUUCUUGACAAGAAACAUCAGUACCAUUUGAGGCUUAAAAAAAAGAACGGACCAUUCACUGAUUCGCCUCAAAAAGAAGUGCCAAAAACUGUGACGGAUGUUGAAAUGAGGGAUGUAUUCAACAAAAUGCAUAAAGGUCUCUUCCUGCAAACCCGAGAAAUCGAGAUGGGCAAAGAAAGUUGCUGCUUUCAAUGCUUUUGUCCAACAAUGCUUUUGUCCAGCAAAAACUGCCAGUGUCCAAAGAAUGAGAACACUCUUGCACUCAGCCGAGCUGCUCAAAAAUUGUUUGAUAUCACCAGAGAUAUCCCAACGAUUGACGGUGUCUGCAAAAAAAGAUGUGCAGAUUUCGCAAUGAAUGAGGCAGGAAUAUAUGAGAAAAAUAUCGAGGCGAUGGAACUUUUGAAGAAACUGAGAGGUUUUGCUAAAGAAAGGGACUCAUCAGAGUAUGUGAGCAGCGACGAAGAAAGAAUCAAAGAAGAGAAGAAAAAGAAGAAGUUGAUGACGAAAAAGAAGAACAAUGGAAAUGUGGUUGAGCAGAGAAAUAUCGUCAGAGGGCCAUCGGAUGACAUGUCGUCAGACGACAAUGCUGAUGACUGCUCUCCAAGCACUUCUUCUAGGCCCAGUGAACGAGUUUGGUUUCAUCCGGACGAUGUUGGAUAUGCAACGGAAGCGGAGGAGGAUUCAGAUGACGAACAGAGCGAUGAUGAUGAAGAAGAAGAAGAGCGAGAAGUAAGCAAUGUCGGAGCAGAAUCCUCCUUCAGAAAUAUGAUGAUCGUUCUGAACUUGAUUGAACUCGGCGCUCCAGUGAUAAGUUUGAACAGAUUCUGUAAGAAAUACAGAACUCUGUAUCAACAACUCAUCUCCUCUGAAAAGAAUGAGGGCGAUUCAUUUGCCAAGUCCGUAUUUCGAAAGUUCCGAAAUCGAUUCAAUGGAGUCAAUAAUGAUGCUCUAAAACUUUUCCGAGGUUUUGUUUUUGUCAACAUGCAUAAAUAUAAAAACCUUGGUGAACUUGAUAAGCUGCGCAAGGGCAAGAAUCGAAAAAGAAAGAAUGAUAGGUACGAAGACACAGAAGAAGACGGGGACGACGAAGAAGAAAGCUUAACGGAGGAUUCUGAUGACAGUGAACAAUUCCUUCCUGGCGAGCCAACAAGAAGAAAAGUAGGAAGACCAAGAGGAUCGGGAAAACCGAGAGCUGAAGAGCCACCGAAAAAGAAGUCAAAACGUGGAAGAGCAAAGAAGCGUCCAAUAGUGGAAAGCGAUGAAGAAGAAAUAAUAGAGGAAGAAGAAGAAGAACGGUUUGAACAGGAAGAGGAAGUGGUCAUAUUGGACAGCGAUGAGGAGGAGAUUGAUCCACCAGAGGAAGAAGAUCCAGAGCCUGAUGAGGAUCCAGAGUCUGAUUACGAUCCAGAGUCUGAUUACGAUUCAGAGUCUGAUGAUUAA